AUGCUGGCGCUGCUGGCCGCCGGCGUGGCGCUCGCCAUGGCCGCCGGAGCCCAGGACGGCCCGGCGCCCAGCAACCGUUUCGUGUGCACGGCGUUGCCCCCGGAGGCGGCGCGCGCCGGCUGCCCGCUGCCCGCGAUGCCCAUGCAGGGCGGCGCGCUGAGCCCCGAGGAGGAGCUGCGGGCCGCGGUGCUGCAGCUGCGUGAGACCGUCGUGCAGCAGAAAGAGACGCUGGGCUCGCAGCGCGAGGCCAUCCGCGAGCUCACGGCCAAGCUGGCGCGCUGCGAGGGGCUGGCAGGGGGCAAGGCGCCGGGCCGGGGAGCCUCGGGCAAGGACACCAUGGGCGAUCUGCCGCGGGACCCGGGCCACGUCGUGGAGCAGCUCAGCCGCUCUCUGCAGACCCUCAAAGACCGCCUGGAGAGCCUGGAGCACCAGCUCCGAGCGAACGUGUCCAACGCCGUGCUGCCCGGCGACUUUCGGGAGGUGCUCCAGCGGCGGCUGGGGGAGCUGGAGAGACAGCUGCUGCGCAAGGUGGCCGAGCUGGAGGACGAGAAGUCCCUGCUCCACAACGAGACCUCGGCUCACCGCCAGAAGACCGAGAGCGCCCUGAACGCGCUGCUGCAGAGGGUCACCGAGCUGGAGCGAGGCAACAGUGCUUUCAAGUCGCCGGAUGCGUUCAAAGUGUCCCUACCCCUCCGCACGAACUACCUGUACGGGAAGAUCAAGAAGACACUGCCUGAGCUGUAUGCCUUCACCAUCUGCCUGUGGUUGCGGUCCAGCGCCUCGCCAGGCAUCGGCACCCCGUUCUCUUACGCUGUGCCUGGGCAGGCCAACGAGAUCGUGCUGAUUGAGUGGGGCAACAACCCCAUCGAGCUGCUCAUCAAUGACAAGGUCGCCCAGCUGCCCCUGUUUGUCAGUGACGGCAAGUGGCACCACAUCUGUGUCACCUGGACGACGCGGGACGGCAUGUGGGAGGCCUUCCAGGAUGGGGAGAAGCUGGGCACCGGGGAGAACCUGGCCCCCUGGCAUCCCAUCAAGCCGGGCGGUGUGCUCAUCCUCGGGCAGGAGCAGGACACGGUCGGCGGCAGGUUCGACGCCACGCAGGCAUUUGUCGGGGAGCUCAGCCAGUUCAACAUCUGGGACCGCGUCCUCCGCGCACAGGAGAUCAUCAACAUUGCCAACUGCUCCACGAACAUGCCAGGCAACAUCAUCCCCUGGGUGGACAACAACGUGGACGUGUUCGGAGGGGCUUCCAAGUGGCCGGUGGAGACCUGCGAGGAGCGUCUCCUUGACUUGUAG